UGUCCAUGUGUCUUUGCCUCCAUUCAAGUCAAAGGCAAAACUUUUACCAACAAUCCUUUGCCCAAGUAUUUUCCAUCUCCAUCCAUAUCAAUGCUCAGCUCUUGUGCUUUGGCAGUUAGGCAGUGAUUCAGGUCCAAGACCGAUAUAUAAAUAGAAGAUAAGUAUUUGUAUUUGUAUAUGUGGUUCUGAACAAGCGAGCUUUGCAUAUACCUAUCGAGCCAGAAAAUCCAAAAAAACCCCCAAAACCCGUAGUUUCUGUUUUUCUAGCUAUCUUCCCCUCUCUCUUUCUCAGCAGCUUCCAGUUUUUUAUCAGCAAAUCGCCGCGUUUUUCGUUGUUAAAAGGUUUCAAUAAUGCAAACUCUUUUCUCCAUAGCUGCCUGCCAACAAGUAGUUCACAUACAGCCGAUGGUAAGAUUCCAAAACCCGCCAGCCGGACUAUCCAUUGAUCGAUUUUUCAGUCGGAAUAAGGAUAAGGUUGUGAUAGUAAUGGGAGCCACGGGAACCGGAAAGUCCAGGCUUGCCAUAGACCUUGCAUUAAAAUAUUCGGCCGAGAUCAUAAACUCGGAUAAAAUGCAAGUCUAUAAAGGUUUGGACACCCUCACCAACAAGGUCACUGAGGAGGAGUGCAAAGGCGUACCACAUCACCUGUUGGGCACAGUGGAUCCUGAGUCGAACUUCACAGUUAAUGAUUUUAAGCAUCAUGCGUCUUUGGCCAUUGAAUCGAUCCUGGAGCGUGACCGGUUACCUAUCAUCGCCGGUGGGUCAAACUCGUACAUAGAGGCACUGGUGGACGAGCACCCCGAGUUUCGGAGGAGGUACGAGUGCUGCUUUCUUUGGGUCGACGUAACGCCGCGGGUGCUCAACUCGUUUGUGUCGGAGCGAGUUGAUCGGAUGGUGGAGGUGGGUGGUCUGGUGGACGAGGUGAGGAGAAUGUUCGACCCAACAGCCGACGAGGAGGACUAUAGCACCGGGAUUAAGAAAGCUAUCGGAGUUCCAGAGAUGCAUCAUUACUUGCGCGGCGAAGCGUGUGGCAACGAUGAAGAGACUCAAGAAGCGCUGUUGAUGGAAGCUAUUUCGAACAUCAAGAAGAAUACUCGCACGUUGGCCCAUCGCCAACUGCAAAAGAUUCACCGGCUGCGGAGCAAGUGGAACUGGAGCAUGCACCGCCUCGACGCCACCGAAGCUUUCUUGAACCGCCGUCGCGGCCGGGAGGGAGACCGAGUGUGGGAGAAGCAAGUUGCGAGACCCGCCACAGUAAUCGUCAGUAAGUUCCUCGUAGACCCAAUGUCAACCAUUCUUCCUCAUGACACUACCUUUGUAGCUACGGCCGGCAGCACCAGCACCACCAGUGUCAAUUCUCUUGCGGUGUCCAUGCCGGCAGUGGCUGCUGCAACACGGUAGAUUAUGAAAAAAAAAAAGGACAAAAAGUUUCUCCAUCAAAAACAACCAAAAAAAGAAAUGUAACUUUCUUGUUGGAGUUUCCGGGUCUGAGACUAUGAAGGGAGAAGCUGCUAUCAGGCGGUUAAGUAAAAGCACCUAGCUUUUUACAUUCUGGGUGGCCGUACAGUUUGGAAGCAUUUUAGAUAUCCGUGCUGGGGGGGGGCAAGAGCUACAGAUUCUUUCAGUUAGAAUAGGAAAGCUGAGGGCUUCGUGGAUUUCCGUACCCACCUGCUUUGCGGUGCGCGCCUGCAUCAAAUCGAUCAGCAUCAAUCAUUAGUUGAAUAAUACAAGUCGGCUGUGGUGGGGAUGGGGUCCACAGUAGUACGUGCUUUGUGAUUUUAGGGUUUAGGGCGGGUCUCUCUUACCCUCUUUGUAAGUAGAACUGGAGUGUUCAUCAACUUUAAUUUGUUUUAUUUUUACUUUUCCUAACACUGUAUUGCUAAUUUUGCUAUGGUAUAUAUAGAUGGGGAAUU